AUGAUAAUAACGAACAUUUCCAACGCGAUUUUGCGAAACACGCAAAACUUGGCCAAAGUGUCCAUUUUUGGCGGGUUUGCGUACGGGUUUAUCCAAACCAUGAAGAGUGGAGAGAGCGCGCUCGUGCCCACCUCGAGAUGGGUGUCCAGUCACGUUUUAUCGUCCAGUCAGCACAAAGGAGGGAAGGAGGAACGAAAUAGUGCGGGAGAAGAAAAAGCCGAGGAGGCGACGGUUUUACGACGCCACCACCACCAAAACGAUGGACCGAGCAGCAGCGUUCGCGGAGAAGGAGUGGAAUCUUCGGAUAUCGAGCGGCGGAGAGUGAACGCGUCCGUGGCGUGGAGCAGCAUGAGAUGA